CUUGGUGGUCUUUCAAAAUUCACCCACCGAUUGUCAUUAAAGGAAAAAUCUAAUAAGAAAAAUGAUGGUGAAUUGGGAGAUCUGGAGCAACCCCAGUUCAGACAGAGAUCACUGAGCAUUGAAUGGUCUUCUUCACCGAAGAUGACGCAGCAAAUGAGGGACCUCCAGCUGGCACAGACCAAGAAGCCUUCGGGCCCAUCCUCACCAAAUGCAGCCAAGAGACUGUACCGAAAUCUUUCUGGAAAAUUCAGAGUGAACUAUACAUCGUUUGAUGAAGGGAGUCUGGCAGCACGAAAUGAGAAGGAGAAGCUGCGAAAAUCAUGCCUUUUUCAGGGGAAUGCUGCUCUUUUUGAGGCCGUGGAGAUGCAGGAUCUUGACCGAGUGCAGGAACUGCUCAAGCAAUAUAGUGUGGAGGAGCUGGACCUCAAUACCCCUAACAGUGAGGGGCUUUUACCCCUUGAUAUCGCAAUUAUGACCAACAAUGCUCCAAUUGCUAAGACUUUGUUACAGUCAGGAGCAAAAGAGAGUCCACACUUUAUGAGUUUGGAAAGUCGAGCUCUUCAUCUGUCUACAUUGGUUCGAGAGGCGGAGCAAAGGGUGAAUGACCUCACAGCUCAGGUUGUAAAUGAGGCACCAAAUGCUGACUGCUCUGAAAAAGAGAAACAAUUAAAGUCCUGGGAGUGGCGAUAUCGGCUAUACAAGCGCAUGAAAGCCGGAUUUGAACAUGCGCGUGUACCGGACCCUCCAACCAAUGUGUGCCUAGCAGUAACUAGCAGCACCACCCUGCAGGUCACAUACCAGGAACCACUGAGCGUCAACUCUGCAGUCGUCACAAAAUACAAAGUGGAAUGGAGUCUUAACUCUACAUUCUCCCCAAACGUGGGAGAAGUUGUCAUUGAGAAACUGCGAAAUCUACAGCUGAACAUUAGAGGAUUAAUUUCAGGUACAAGAUACUAUGUACAGGUAUCGGCUUACAACAUGAAGGGUUGGGGACCUCCACAAACUUCCCUUCCAGCUUUUGCCAUCCCAUCAAACUGGCGGGAGUAUGAUGGAAGGGCACCACGGAGGAAAGGGCAGGCGGAAGCCCUCGACCAGCUCCUUAGCCAGGUGAAGAAUAGUCACCAGAACUGCGUUUGUCAUGAGCCUUUGAAGAAUCAGCAACAAAGCAGAAAGCAUUCAGUUUCCAAGAGUCUCAAACAUCUUUUUCACCCCAGCAGCAAGUUUCUGAAGGGCCUCAAAAGGGGACUCUACCUUGCUUCCAUAUUUUCUAAGGAUGACAACAUCUUAGUAACUCAUGAAGAUCAAAUACCAGUAGUGGAGAUCGAUGAUUCCUACUCCUGUCUUCUCAUGCAGGAUUUUCUAUGGUUCACUAAGGUAUCGUGUAUGUGGGAUGACAUCCUGUGGCUUCGGCAGUGUGUGACAGUGUCGCAGUCCUCAUGCUCUUGUAUUCUGCAAACCCGUUUCAAGAUGCUUUUAGCUGUAUCCCAAAUGCAGGGUCUCCUAGGAAUCCAAGACCUGGGACAGGUAUUCUUUGAACCUAUUAAAGACAAACAGGGAAACAUCCUCAUAGUGACCCUGAAGGAGUUGAAAUUGAACCAGCCCCUGGAGAACGUACGCUGGAUGUCGGUGUUCAAACUGCAGACUCACAGGAAGUCUGUCUCAUCACCGGAUGAACCUAGUGCUCUGGACGUCCUGCUGAUGACACUGCAUGAAAAAAUAGCUUACCAUAGAAGAAGCAGUCAAGCUCUGCCACCUGGUCUUUAUUUGGGAUAUUUAAAACUUUGCAGUGCAGUGGACCAAAUCCGAGUGCUGGUCCCUGAACGGUUACCCAACAUCCUUUGCCAAGUGAAGAUAAGAGCCAACUCAAAUGUAUCCAGAGAAGAAUGGGAGUGGCUUCAGACACUGACUAGUGCGGACGACCCCACUACCGAUGAGCAGGACUCAGAAGGCGUUCAAGCGACAAUGUUGCAAGAGCUUAAAACUGCUGUGAGGGAACUGAUGAGUCAAGUCAAUAUCCCGUUGGAAGAGGCUAAGGACUACCGCUUGUACAGUCAGGAGGUCCUUGAGUUCGGAGGUCAAGUCUCUUUCCUGUUGUUACUACCCCCAUCUGAUGAUGUGUGCACAGCCCCCGGUCAGAAUAAUCCCUACACUCCAUACUCCGGCUUCCUUACGUUGCCCCUUCAAAUAUUUGAGCUUGUUCAUUUUAUAACUUAUGAUCGGGACUUCACCAGUCAGUAUUGCCAAGUGUCUGCCCUUCUGGAACUUGAAUCCCUCCUGUCACAGCAAAGUUUAAGAGAGGCCUUCUCUGACUCUGAACUCACUACAGCAAAGCAGCGGCACCAGCAGAUCCAAGACUACAUACAGCAAAUGGAAGAGAUCUGGAGAGAGAUGCGAUGGAUGAUGGACGCUCUUCAGCAUGCAAGGUACAAGCAACCAUCAUGUACGGUACCUCUUACUUGGUUUCUUGAUGGAUCAGGUGAUACUUCAUUAAAGGAGAAACCUCAGUCCACUUCAUCACACUUGGAAUACUUCCCAUCACCAACCCCCUCUCCUGAGAGCAGCAGGAAACUCAACACAGAUCUCCUUGCUGCCCCAUAUUCUGAUAACGAACUGUUGGACGUCAAGUUUGCAAACCAGUCUUCCCCUCUUUUAGAUUUGCAUGGUGUAUCAGAUGAAGAGGGAUCUUCUGAAGUAUUCCUGGCAACUGACAGUGACUACGAUUCCAGCCGUGCCCAGAGUCCCAAGGAGCUGGACCUAGUUUACUCUUCUGGGCAGGAGUGUGGUAGGAGAACACUCCGAAGCUUCAGGGAUGGAACGCCAGACGUUCUGCAGAGCCACGAGCCUAAAGUUUUAUCUCAGGAAGAUGAGCGACCCCCACUACAGAUUUAUGACAGCGACUUUGUGCUUCCCAGCCGACAGAUUGAGCUUUUGCGCAUUACAGAAAAACGCCAGGCAUACUGUGUUCGUACCAGCAGUUUGGACUUCCCCAAGCAGUCUUAUAAGGCUUCCAGAAAGUCUUGCCCAGGCUCUGUUGAUAGUUCCCCAACAGAGACAAAAGCCACAAGCCACCAUGGUUUCCGGGGGCUGAGGACAAGCACUUCUUUUAGCCCAGAUCACAGUCAACCAUGUGAAAGCUCACAGCAAAUUUACCGCACACACUCUGUUGAGUGGACACAUGACUUUAAAGAGCCUUUGGAAACAAGAAUUGUAGCAGCCCAAGGAAAGAAGAACAACUCUUUAACUUUAAGGAUAUUUCCACAGUAUGAGACUGGUCUACCUAAAGAGAUGAGCGUUAAGUUGCAUAUAACAAGCAAAACACCUGCCCAGGAGAUAGUAAAGCUGGUGGUUCUACAGAUGAAUGAAAUCUCCAGGAGUAUGAUGGGAAAUACAGAAGCCUAUUGCUAUGCGGAAGAUCAACUCGAACAUUUUGCACUGGUUUUCACUACUGAAAACAAUAAAGAAGAGUGGCUCCCUGAUGAUUUCCUGCCUUUCUCACUACAAACCACUUGGAACAAAGGCCACUUUGCUGUCCGAAUAAGAGAGACGUCUCCUUUGUUAUUCCAGUAUGGUCCUGCUACAACAGUAUGAGCGUGCGUGGUCAGGAUGUUGGAUGAAAAACUCAACUUUCAAAGGGACUCUCAGCUCAACCUCAAUGCUUCCUCCUUUAAAUAAAAACACAAUUCCUUUGUACAUAAAUUUGGAUUAUGACUGACGUUGUUUCUUUGUUGUUUUUUUUUGUUGUUGUUUUUUUUUCAACCAAAGACAUAUUUUCCUGACUGCAAGAGAUGUUUGGUUGGUACACGUGGGAGCAAGUACAUUUUACCACAACUUGUUCACUGGAAAGGAAUUUGGAACGCAAGUCUUUUUAGCAGAACAGCAUAAAACAUACCACUCACACAUAAAGAAAAAAGAAGCAAUACAUAUUCCUACUUCCCUUCCGUCCCUUUCAACGCAACAUUUUGGUUUUUGUUGAACUACAACCAACAAAUAUUUCAUGGGAAUGUUGGAUGCCGAUCCUCCUUCAUGUAUUCGGAGCAAGAGAACAAAAUAUUAAAGAAAAAAAAAGUUCAGAUAAUAACCACAAAAAAGUUUGUAUUUUUGUGCUUGUUACACUGUAUCUUGAGACAUGUUUUGUUGCACAAAAGUUUAUAAAAUAUUGUUUUCUUAACAAAUAAGAGCGCAAUGAAAGCUUGACCUUUAUGUCUUGACAUCCCAAUUUUAUAAUCUUUCAUUUUUAAGGAGUUCUCCCACUGACAUAGUCAAGUUCUAUGGCUGAGUUUUCUCUUUGUUUAAUUGGUUGUGAUUUGGCCUUCGUACGUCCUUCCGCAUGAUGUUUUUGAGUACGCCUUUGUUAAUGGGUAUUUUGGAAUCUUUUGUGGUCCACAGUACAGAUUGGUCAUGCUACCUUGAGACUUCAGAAGGACUCAUUUCUCAAGGUUGUAUUACACUAAUAUCAAAACUAGCUUUUCAAUUAUUUGUAUAUUAAUGUUAGAAAAAGUGUUAUACUUAUGCAUUUGUUUCUAUUUGUUCCUUACACCUACAUCCAUACAUUUUGUUCUUCCCUAUUUCAUUUAUCUUUCACUUCUAUUUCCUUUGUUCUAUCAUGAGCCAAGCAAGAAGAAAAAUUUCAACGUUGGUUGUUCCCCCCCACAUAAUAAUAAAGAAACCUUACAGUGAUGAAAAAAUACAAAGCACUGGUGCUAUGAUUGUAAAAAAAUAUUAAAUACAUUUUUUUAUUAA